AGGUCGCUAGUGCUUUCGCGCAAAAUUCAAACGUGGCAAACAUUCAUAAACUUUAUCUAACAAAUACUUCACUAUUUUCAUUACGAAAUUCGUAGAAAUAAUUAUGGCGAAGGCCUUCGGAUCAACUUUAUACCGCUUGGUGCCGGAGAAGACCGUCUUCAUGCUGUGCGACGUGCAGGAGAAGUUCAAACCGGCGAUACCGCUGCUGGGUGCGCUCAUCGAGAACACCGCCAAGCUGCUGGCGGCUGGCAAGGCCUUGGGAGUUCCCCUUCUGGUCACCGAGCAGUAUCCCGAGAAGUUGGGCAAGACGGUCUCCGAACUGAACAUAGAACAUGCCUGCACCAAUGUUGCCAAGACCAAGUUCUCCAUGCUGGUGGAUCCCAUCCACAAAAGCAUGGCUGAACUCUACGGUGGCAAGCCCAAGACGGCGGUGCUCUUUGGCGUGGAGACCCAUGUGUGUGUGGAACAGACUGCCUUUGAUUUGAUAAAUGAGCAAAUUGACGUCUGGCUGGUGGCCGAUUGCUGCGCCUCGCGGCUCAACCAGGAUCGGGAUCUGGCCAUGGAGCGACUGCGUCACAUCGGCUGCACCAUUGCCAGCUCGGAGAGCGUGAUCUUUAACCUGCUGGGCGACAAGGAACACAAGGCUUUCAAGGAGAUUACUAAGCGUAAAAAGGUCUCUGCGGACAUGGAGCUUUGGCGGCCGGGGAAAUGAUCCCGGCGGCUCCUUUUAUGUCAACUUCUUCUUCUUUUGCUUAUUAAACG